AUGUCUACUUUCCGCGCGACGAUUGGCAGAACGGUCAACAGAAAAUCGCUAGCUAUCCUUGCUGGGCUCACAUCUGUAGCGGGUUCUGCAGUGGCAUACCAGAAUUAUAACAACGGCAACAAAAAGAACAACUUGAAGCCCUGGGGCGGUCUCGCAGCUGCUCCCGGCGUGCAUGUCGCCGAAAAGGAAGCGAAACGUGACUACCAAGAGGUUUACAACGCGAUUGCGACCAAGAUCAGAGAUGAAGAUGAGUACGACAACUACAUUGGAUACGGUCCCGUCCUGGUGAGAUUGGCCUGGCAUUCGUCCGGGACUUUCGACAGAAACGACAACUCCGGUGGGUCGUUUGGUGGAACGUACAGGUUUAAGAAAGAAAUGAACGACCCGUCCAACAAGGGCCUUCAAAACGCUUUCGACUUUUUGCGCCCAAUCCACGAGCAAUUCCCCUGGAUCUCGAGCGGCGACCUCUACACACUAGGCGGUGUUACCGCAGUCCAGGAAAUGAUGGGUCCCAAGAUCCCUUGGCGGUCCGGCAGAGUCGACCAGCCCGAAAACACAGUCCCCGACAACGGACGUCUGCCCGAUGCUUCGCAGGGCGCUUCAUAUGUCCGGAAUCUCUUCGAUAGAUUGGGUUUUGGCGACAGAGAAACUGUGGCACUGAUUGGCGCCCACGCUUUGGGCAAGACUCACUACGAAAACUCCGGAUACGAGGGACCCUGGGGCCCUUCGCCUAACGUCUUCACCAACGAUUUCUUCGUCAACCUUCUCAACGCUCACUGGACGCUUAACACCAACAAGAAAGGUGUUAAGCAAUGGGAUAACGACCAAGGUCACAUGAUGCUGCCUACCGAUAUGGCUCUGGUGAAGGACCCUAAGUACCGUAAACUCGUCGAAGAAUACGCCAAGGAUCAAGACGUUUUCUUCAGAGACUUUUCGAAGGCGUUUGCCAAGCUUUUGGAGAACAACAUCAAGUUCCCAGACCAGAACAAGCCUCACUAUUUUAAGACCCUCGACGAGCAAGAUUUGUGA